GUUGUGUGGUAUAUCAAACUAAUGACAUUGCCAUUAAAUAAUUGUAUUGUUGUAACAAACUAAUGAAACUUCCGAAUAAAACUAUCAGGUUCUAGUUAAUGUAUUAUUGCCCUUAUUGUAGCAGUUUGGACAUAUAAAUUUCUCUUCUUCGUUUAGCUAUUUGUAAUUGAUGUGCAUAAGUUUAGCGUAAAAACUUGUUUCGUAACCGUAAAUCCCCGCGCGCCACGUGAAAUCUCGACAAGCUUGUUUCAAUUGAACUGAACAUUUAUUUAAUCAAGAAAUAUCCAUGUGUUAAAAGUUGGCAACUUAUGAAAAAAUUGAAACAAUGUGCAAAUUAAAACAAUUUCUAGGUUUUCGAACAGAGUCACGAUUCAUUAGGUUUUUGUAGUUAAACGCAUAUCAUGACUAGUUGUACUUGUUUGCAGGAACGAAAUUCAGUUUCCGUUUACGUGUAUUUUUCACCGAACAUCUGCUAGAAGAAUAGAGCUAGGACAUAUUCACCACCUCUCGUAUCACAACUUGGCUCGUUUUACGGAUAACUUUUCCAAGAGCAACUACCUCUGCCAUUUCUAAUUCGGCAAACUUUAUCGUGGCAAGAUUGUCCAUGCUGAAUCGACUCUUUUUGUGAUGGUCAAGAUAUGGGAGGAUUCCGAAAUCUACUGCUAUAAACCUGGAGAUAACGAAUCUAGAAUACUGGACGAAGUGAUUUUACUUCGCCAUCAUUUGGUGAUUAAUCAUCCAAACAUGAUAAAGUUGUACGGAUUCUGUUAUGAAGUUGGUCGUCAUCUUGGUGUUGUUUAUGAUUUCAAUCCGUUUGAUUCCGUUUAUAACCUCGUUCUUAAAGAUGAUUUCACUUGGUUGCAACGAAUCAAUGUCCUCGUGCAAUUUGCUUCACUCCUCGGUUUUUUGCACACUAUAAAGAGUCCGUACAAACCUCUCACACUUCGCAAUCUUGAUUGUGCUCAUAUUGUUCUUGACAAGGAUUAUAAUCCAAAAUUAUGUGAUUUUGGUCUCGUAACUGGUGGGAUUUUCCCUGAUAGGGCCAAAUAUAAAUGCCGUCGUGUGAUUGGAAGCUAUGGCUACAUGGAUGUUGGCGCAUGGCUUGAAGAUCAUGCUCCGGAUAAGCCAGAUGUGUUUGCAUUUGGGAAUAUACUUUUGAGUUUGAUUUCAAAGAGAGUUUUCACCGAACAAGACCGGCAAAAUCUUUCACCGUAUGUUUUCAAAUGGGCCUACACGAAGUUUUUGGAAUAUAAAUAUGGUCCAGAUAGUGACUCGGAGAAAGAUGAUUCAGAUCGUGACUCCUCGAAAAAACAUGAUUCAAAUCGUGACUUGAAAAAUGAUGAUUCAGAUCGUGACUCGAAGAAGCCCAAGUUUUCGCUCUUCCACCAAAGUCUAGCAGAGGAACCCGAUUUUGAUCCUUCUGAUGGGCCUAAGAUUACUGCACUCGGAAUGGAUUGCACACAUGAUGAUUUUGGCAAGCGCCCCACAAUGAAGCAAGUUCUAAGUUUUUUGCUCAAUCUCGAAGUUGUGAAGAAAAACAUACCACGUUUUCGCUAGUGUGAAAAUGUCCUCUGAUGGUAACUGAUUUUUGAAUUGACUUAGAAUUACUGUUGUCUAAUUAAUUUAUAGCAUUGAAUCAAUGAAUUCUAGUAAAUGUACAAUUAUUGUUUAGUAAAAGGUAUUUUGUAUAUGUUGUGUUUUGAGGUUAAUAUAAUUUCUGAAUUUUGGUGUUUCAAAAGAGCGGUUGUUAAUAUGUAACCGUUUUACUAUUUUCUCGUUUAAAAGAUUCUUUAUUUGUUUUCGUGGUCGGUUGGAUUUUGUGUCUUUGAUUUUUACUGGUGUGUGCUUAAUCAGGCGAUUUUUUCAUUUAGAUGAGACGUUUUGUUGGUAAGUCAAUUUUGUUGAAUGAUUUACUAACAAAAAUCCAAUGACAUUC